AUGCCAUUCGUUCAACAUUUCAAACCAGUUCCUUUGAAAAAUACCAAUUGUUUCAAACCAAUUCAAAUUGGUACUACUCAAUUAAAGCAUCGUAUUGUGAUGCCUCCAUUGACUCGUAUGAGAUCUACUUCCCCAGGUAAUGUCCCUACUGAGAUGAUGAUUGAGUAUUACGAUCAAAGAUCUAAAUAUCCUGGUACUAUGAUUAUUACUGAAGGUGUAUUUAUUUCAGCUCAAGCUGGUGGUUAUGAUAAUGCACCAGGUAUUUGGUCAUCAGAUCAAUUGAAAAUUUGGGGAAAAAUUUUUGCUCAAAUUCAUAAGAAUGGAUCAUUUGUUUGGCCUCAAUUAUGGGUAUUGGGUAGACAAGCCAUUCCUACAAAUAUGAAAAGAGAUGGACUAAGAUAUGAUUCUUCAUCUGACUUGUUAAAUGACAAUGAUCAAUUUGGUCAAUUAGCAAAGGCUCAUGAUAUUAAAUUGCAUAGUAUUACUGAGGAAGAGAUUCAACAAUAUAUCAAAGAAUAUGUAGAUGCUGCAAAGAAGAGUAUCAGUGUUGGAGCCGAUGGUGUCGAGAUCCAUUCAGCCAACGGGUAUCUAUUGAAUCAAUUUCUUGAUCCAAUUUGUAACAAGAGAAAUGACAAGUAUGGUGGUAAUAUCGAAAACAGAUGUAGAUUUGCCUUGGAAGUUGUAGACGCCUUGACAGAAGCGAUUGGCCAUGAACGUGUAGGUAUUAGAUUAUCACCAUUUGGUGUCUAUGGGGGUAUGUCUGGUGCUAAUGAUAGCACUUUGUUAGCUACCUUUGCAUAUUUAAUCGGAGAAUUGGAAAAAAGAGCCAAAGAUGGUAAACGUAUUGCAUAUAUCCAUCUAAUGGAACCAAGAGUCACAGAUGCUAGUCUUGAAGAAGGUAAGGGGGCCAAUGAAGAUGUUUCUAAUGAGUUUGUAUAUUCUAUUUGGAAGGGUAAGGUGAUUCGCUCUGGUAAUAUAGCAUUGUUCCCAGAAGUGGCUACUGAAAUGGUCAAUGAUGAUCGUACAUUAGUGGCUCAUGGUAGAUUUUUCAUUGCCAACCCAGAUCUUGUAGAGAGAUUAGAAAACGGGUUGCCAUUGACUAAGUAUGAUAGAAGUACAUUUUAUACACAGGGCAAAGAAGGCUAUACGGAUUAUCCUACAUACAAGGAAGCAAUGGGUCUUGGAUGGAAGUUGUAG